CCUACAUAGAAUUCCAAGAAUUCAUCAAUCUCAGAAAAAUCUAACGAACAAGUAUCAUGUUGUGAUGGUGCCCCUAGACCGGGGCCCCCUCGGACGCUGGCGGCCCCGUACUAGUCGCUAGAAAUAUGGGCAGGAUGCCACAAGGAAGAUGUCGGAUGACGAUGAUGGGCGGAUCAACAAGAUGUGCGAUCCAGGGGAUCGUUGGGGCAUGGACACGCAAGACGGCUUUGCUUGGUUUCGUAUCAUACCUCAUCCUCCUCCUCCUGCAUGGAGCGUCCAGUUUGGUGCUCCACAAGGCAGAGGAAAGGAAAUGGAUCAUUCGUACUUGAUAGUUUGCAACUGCUGGUUUGACAUUGACUAUGAAGAUCUUAUAAAAGGAGAACUUCACUCAUCUAGCCCGAUCUUCUGUCGCAUCACAUUCUCUAGUAUCAUAGUACAUUCCCACAAACAUCACGACAGCCGUCGCCCACGACGUCGCCGCACAGCGUGCCUUGAAGGACCUCGCCGAGGUUGUUCGAAGCCAAAAAAUCGAAAAGAAGAUAGAAUCCGGAUUGAAAAAUUGCUUUCAGCUACCAAACGAGGGCGGCGAAGCCAUUUUUUUAGAGGGCACCAAGACGAAGAUGGGCACAGUUGUUAUGGCACACCCACACCGUAAUAACUCAGCUUAAGAAGCAUCCUUUCUUAAGAAGUUAGCAUCUUUGACUCCUAAGAAGACUAACUCAUUAGCCGUUGUCACCAAUACCGUAGUAAUCUUAAGAAUUAAGCAUCUUAAGAAGUUAGCAUCUUUGAGUCCUCAGAAAACAAAGAGGAAGGGCCUUUUUCAAGGGAAAAGCACGCCAAAGAUGCUGCUCUUCAAGUAGAUGAAUAUUUAUAGGUAUAAGGUCUAACGUAAAUAUAGGUAAGGUCUAACGUAGGCGACUUGAGUGGCAUCGCAGUGAUUCGAGAUCAACUAGUAGUGACCAGCGACACCGAUGAUUUGUGGUUUGUGCAGUUGCCGACGACGUUUAGAGGACCCAUGCCUGGAAUGACAAAGACGGCUAUUCCUUUAUGAUCACGGAAUGACGACGCUGAGUUUGUUUAGGAGUUAUUCGAAAACUCAAAAUAGCCGAGUCACUGACUGAAAUAAGGGAGGUAGCUUAACAUCAAGGCUACUCUUCCUUCUCAUCAGUAUCUCGGUUAUUCUCGUCUGCUACUCGCUUAUUUUUGUUUUUCGAGUAAGCAUUCCAUUGAGUCAUUCGCACAAGAUUGCUAAGCAUGUUAACAGCCAGACUUUGUCCUUAUCUUCCUCCUCUUCCUCCUCCUUCUCCUCUACCUCUUCCUCCUCUACCCUUUCAUCCCCCUUUGCCGGCACCGUACGCAAAGACACAACCUUCGUCGAGAAAGCGCGCAAGUCUGCGAGUGGUAUGCCUCUAGCAUUUAGUGGCGUUGCUGCUGAGCAUGGUCAAUUUCACAAUUGGACGAUGGUAGAGGCGCCUCCGACUAGAUCGUCCGCUUUUGUACCUGCUCUUGGUGGUGGUGGAACUGCUGGUGCAGCUUUAGGAGGGGGUGGAGCAGAUACUACUGCAGCACCAGAUACAUCUUCAACUGAACAAGAGGAUACAACUACCGCGCCAGCAUCAUCUAGUACAAGCGGUGAUGGUGGUAACAACUCAACAACAAACGCAAAUGCGUCAUUCUUGUUUCUCGAGCAUGGCGGUGAGAAUGUAGCAAAGGAGAGUCAAAGCAGUAGAGGUGCGCUAUCGUCUUUUUUCUCGUUUUUCUCGUCAUCUGGCUCUGACACCUCCAAAGCCAAGCAGCUAUUCUCGCGAGAACCGUCCACUCCAACAAGUCUGAGUAAAAAGGACGCCAUCGUCCGUCAGCUUCAAGGCAUGCGCCGCGGCGAGGAAGCCAUCACCAAGUUCGAGGACAUCCCACUACCGUUAAAACAUCUCAGUGUAACACCUCAUGGCGUGAGAGCUAUGGACUUUAGGGUGCUGCUAAAAGGGGAAAGUCCUAGUGGGGAGUACGGGACCGUCGAGUUCAGAACAGGAUUGGGCGACUACGGUGGGUCACCAGCUGCCUUGGAAGCAAUGUUGACAGGCGGAACCAAUGCUAGUGACCAAGUACCGAAUACCACAGUUGAACGGGCAGUGGACUUCUUUAACACUGGAACUAGCAUAAUAGGGGGUAUGAAAAGAAAAUCUGUCAUCAUUAUCAAGUUUCUUAUAAGUAGAAAAGUAUGAUAAUGAUAACAUAUUUUGGCUUCAUAGGGGGCGACGGGGGCAGUGGAAGUGCGGCGUUGUUGCUGUUAGGACAGGACACAAAUGCUACGACUACGGCUCCAGGGGCAGGGAUUGCCACCCCUGUAGUUGCUGCAGCACCUGCUGGUGACGCAACCGCUGCUGCAGCUUCUGGUGAUGCAACGCCUGCUCCUUCAGCUGCGCCUUCCUCAGGUGCCGGGGACGGACCUGCUUCCAGUGCUGCUGGCACAAGCGCAACUGCUUCUGCCAAUAUCGCUGCUACUACCUCCGCACCAAGUGGAGCUAUCGUUCCAGCAAGUUCUGCUGCAUCUUCACGAACUUCGUCUUCAGCUGCACCUGUACGACCAGCUGCAGCAGAGCCUAAGAUUCGAAACUACAUUGGUGCUCGCGGUGAAUUCCAGCGUUAUGACUGCUGUGUCUGGUUGGCAGCUAAAAAUGGAAUGAAAACGCUACUCUACGACAUAGACUCCAGAGAAAUCCGCGAAUCCCUGACACUGCACAACGGCAUUGGCUGGGUCGAGGAAAACGGCUUAGAGGCCAUUGCACUAGGGUCACGGCAACGUGUUUACGCUGGCGCUAGAAUAGGUGUCGUUCGUGAAUAUGGUUUUACGGCUAAAGAGCAGGCGAAAGACCCCGAUGAGGCAGAGGCGUCGUUGCUGUAUACGAAGGGGAGAUUGUUGGCAGGAAAAGAAAUCAACAUGCUGGACACAAAAUCAUUAUGGCGCUAGGAUGACGUUCUUGCAUGUGAAGCUCUAGUAGGUAGAAGAAAAGAAGGUCGAGGACAUAGAAAUAGUAAGUCAGUGGAAUAAAAUAGUUAAAAUUGGUACUACCACGUCAGUCUUCUUCCUGAUCUCUUCGCUGCAUCUUUCUCUAAUCAACACAGUAAUCGCCUCGUCAUCUUCUACCGCAUCCUUAAACGCAACAGCAAAAGCAGUCUCUGCCGCGGCCCUCAAGAAACCUAGAGGAGUUUUCGUGCGAGAAUGGUCACCUCCAAAUCAGUUUUGGGGUUCGAGGUGGUCCAAGCAUCGGGACAUCAACUACAACACCAAGAAAACAGGAGAAAUCUUCGAGACGGGGAUACCCGAUGCUCUGGCACUGCGGAAGGGGAGCGUUGAUUAUGACGGGAGAUCGUCGGAUGGUUGUAGUUGUUUUUUUGUGACAAGAAUAGGAGCAGCAAGAUGAACACUGAGGGCUAAAACAGUAUAAGAGCAUUAUAAGAUUAACUUCAACACUCACAUGACAAGAUGCGCCCUCAUCUUCACAUCCACCACUACUUCUUCAUCUCUAAUUGCCGCGCACUCCUGAAGAGUUAGCGGCCAUGUUCGCAGCGCAAGAAGCCUUGAACGCCAGCAACGGCACCAAUGACACAUCAAAUGUGACAGAAGAAGAACCCAAGGAGGUCAUGCCAGGAAUCACGGUGGAACAAGCUGUUAGUGCGACCGCAGAAGCUGUUAGUGCGGCUGCGUCGACUAUCGUCAACGACGGCGUUAUACCAGCUGCUAAAGGCACUGUCGAUUAAGGGAAGUCCUCGUGUUCAUGAUCAGUAUCACAUCUUAGGAUCUUUGCCCGGAGAACCUGGUGUUGUCCAUAAAGGUAGCCGAGGACAGGUGGACAAAUCAAGCUGCCAAGAAAAGGAAGUUGCGUGGGUCUCUGGCUCAAAGCGUCCAUUCCUGACAAGUCCAAACUGUCAAUGAUAGAUCGAAUCCACGAAAGAAGGAUAAUAUAAGGGAAGUCCUCGUGUUCAUGAUCAUUAUCACAUCGUUGCCUAUCCGGCAUGAUGUUGGACUAUCACUAUGUAUCCUGAAGAUCAAGGUGGAUUAAGAACUCGGCAAGAACGGAUAAUGAAACACUAACGGAUAUUAUAAUGAAUCACUAAAAACACUAGUUCUAAGUUGAAGGCAGUGCCAUGGCAGCCAACUACACGGUGAACCAAGUGAUUUUGCCUCUAGCCAACAAGACGAUGGAGACUUUGAACAACGUGGUGGCGCCGGCGAUCAACAACACGCUACAAGGCGUCGUGGACGUGGUGGCGCCGGCGAUCAACAACACGCUACAGACUUUGAGCAACGUGGAAGGCGUCGUGGUUCCCGUGGUUCGAAACACAGUAACGCCAGUCUUGAACACGACGUACCAAGCGGUCAGUAAAGCAGUGCAGCAGGCGUCAGACACGGUAAAUAAUGCAAUAAGCAAGGUGGUUUUGUUGCAGGAGCAGAGAGGUAGGGGAAGACGAAGUACUGGAGAUGACGACGAUGACGGAGACAAAAAUUAAGGCUGUACCUCGAAACGUAUCUUUGGACGCUGCAUCCUUGAUGAAAUGUAUGGACGAGGAGGAUCCACCUAAGGGAAAAGGACUCCCCCACACUUUUCAAGGAUGCACUUGAAAGAUGAAUGACGGACAGCUCUAAAAAGAGGAAGAAGAACGUCCAUCGCCAGCUGUCAAAGCGGCCAUGCAAGUAUUCAACCAAGGGUCGAAGUUAUCCAUGUUCGACAGCGAGGCAACUCAGACUCCCUCAGUCACUGGAAUGUCCUACGUAGAUGGCUAUCUCUUCGUCCACGUUCUCCCGCGAAAAAAAAAUGAUGACUCGCAAUUGCACGUCUACAAAGUCGACGUCGACCAGCGGAAAGAACGGGUCAUGGCCCUCAUUGAAGAUGUUUAUCCUUAUGAUACAGAGGACCACGUUGGUGUACUAUUUUUCAAUCAUUGACAUUAUGAUACAGAGGACCACGACGUUGGUGUACUAUUUUUCAAUCAAUGUUGAGUCAGAACAAGGCGCUGUCCGUCAGAACAAGGCGUCGAAGACGUAGCGGAUACAAGGCAUUUACUGCCGUUCCCGGACACUGAUACUGGAACACUGCUCAACAAGCUGUAGUCUUGUUCACCUUCAUGCUUACUUAUUCAGCAGCAUGGCCAUUGAUCAUACCGCCGUGUACUUGAUGAUUAUAACAACCCGGGGACAUCAUGAAUAAACAUUACAGCCUGCUGAAGAAACAAAAUUUCGUUUUCAUCCAUCUUCUUCUAAGCUCCCGAUUUCCUUCUCGCCAAUUCGACAUACGUUUUGCAUUUUCCGCUACCAGCCUUCAAGGAACAGAUCCAAAAGGUGAAGUUCGCGCCUUUAGCCAAGACCUUGGGGAUGGAGGAGAAGCAAAAAAAGCAACCAGUGCUGAAAACUGAGAUUGGUUAUGGCUGUUUUAUCGUGAUUUUGAUGCUUCUCUCAGGUCGAGUAGAAUUCUUGUCACCUCCUUCUAACAUCUUGCAACCGUCUCCAACUACGGCACCGACAUCACCGCCAGGAAAACAGCAAUGGGCUCAAAGAUUCAGGCUGACCCGACGAAGAUCAAGAAAUACGUCGUUUCGCCCAAAGCACAGCCAUCUUUGAGCGGCACUAUCCUCCUACCUACCAGCACAACGAGUACCACAACGACGAUCACUACCACGAGCACGACGACAACGGAAGAUCCGAGCGCAAGCUGGGUUCUGCCCGCAGGAGCGAAUUCGUCGAACGCAACGGCAACUACAUCGUCUUCGUCGAACAGCACGGCUGCCACGAACACAACGUCGAAUAACACAACGUCGAAUAACACAACGUCGAAUAACACAACGUCGAAUAACACAACGUCGAAUAACACAACGUCGAAUGACACAACGUCGAAUGACACAACGUCGAAUGCAACCAGCAAUGCCAGCACUAGCAUGAUGCUCCUGCAAGACAGCAUAAUCAAAAUCAAUAGGCGGAAAACGCGAACACGGCGAAGUAGGCCGCAUCGUGAAGAUGACCUCCAUGACCGCAAGCGUAUUGCGCUAACCGAACAACACCAGAAAGAGAAGAAGUCUGAAGCUCAACUUCAAGCAGAAAAAGUUAUGCUACAGCGCAUUCAGCAUCGUCGCACGCUCUACAACGCAGUUCUCCAGGACUAUCUGCAAGCGCCACCACCGUUUUACGACGACCCAGCAAAAAUCAAGGUCUCGGAACCCAAUGCUGACGUCCCGAGGACAAAUUCGGAUGGCGAUCCGGUAGCAAUUUACCCUCUACCAGUGCGGGACAUCGCAGGUAUAGCAGCGACGAGACGAGGGCUCCAUGAGUUUACGGUUUUCGCAGUGUCGAAGACGGACAGAGGAAUCUACGCAUUUGACCUAGAUCUGAGGAAGACGGAAGACGUGGAGUGCCCAGCGUAUCCGUGGAACCCGGGAAAGCCGCCAGAUAGCACUGUGUUUGUGUAGGAGAGGACCACCAUCUUCGGGUAGUGGUAUUAAACAACAACAACAUCGUGAUCAAGUUUAGCGAAAGCAUCAGCAAUCAGUUUUAGUUUCUUCAUCAGCAAGUAUUCAUCUAAACCCAAAUUCAAUUAGCGAAGAUGAACCAGACAUCAAUCAAAGUUAGCGACUGAAAAAUAAGCACACUUAGCGACAUCAAACCUAGUGACACACAGAAAAAUGUACUAGAGCAUAUUUUCGAUGUUAGAAGUUCCAUAAGUCUUUUUCCUUAUUGUUCGCAUUCAUGUUUGCACAGAUAUGGACAUCCAUGCUCAUACGCUUCCACAAAUAGAAGGACCAGUUUCAGAUUAUAGUACAACAGUUUUUUUGUCAUAUUUUUUUUGAACAAGUAGGUUUGGAGAAGAUUCUUGUCAAACCAGAGGAU